AAAAAAAAAAAAAAAAAAAAAAAGGGAAAAAACGACGUAUGUACACUCUUACGCUGCAGUGCUGCACCCUUCUCUCUAUCUCUUCCAUUGAAACACACUUUGAAUUCUCCAUUGAAGCGGCUUCUGAGCUUUCUCAACUCCUUUGAAACAGCUUCUGAGAUAAGAUUUUUAUCUUUAAUCAUUAAUUACUAAUAUCAGUCAAUGGUUUAGUUUCACACUUUCAUUGAUUUGUGUUCAGUAAUUUAGGGUUCUUCUAAGGUGAAUUAUUGAACUAUUGAUUAUAAUCUCCGAAGUUGUGAUAGAUUAUAACUAGGAAUUUUGUUGUUAGAAUUAUUCUAUGUGCAAUAUACAUCGAUAAUCUUAAGCAAGAAGAAUUUAUCCGUAUUUUCAAGCCUAAUUUGAGUCAAACUCGGUUGCUAUUGUGUUGCAGACUUUUGUGUAUAACCCUUUAAUGUUAGGACUGAAUUAUGAAAAUGUACCUAUUAUCUUGGCGGGUGCCCCUGUUGCCCAUGCUCAUCGACGGGCCUGGUUUUAGAACCCGAAAGGCCGGAAGAUUUUUUAGUUGUUAAUUUAUUCUAAACAGUUUGGUAGGGAUUAGGGAAGGAUUACUUUGUUUGUAUCAUGUUUUAUGGAAGAAGUAAUCUCUUUUCAGUUGUUGCUAGUAGACCUCGGUUUUGCUCUCUUGGGCUUGCCUCAAUAUCCUCUCUACAGCCUUUCGAACCGAACAUUGCGACCAUUCCUGGAUGUAUUUCCUUCUUACAGCUGUUUGCUAAGCACUCCAAUUUGUACAAAGGCAAAGAACUUCAUUCAUGGAUGCUUCGACACGACCUUUUGGGGUCUCCUUUAUCGAUUACGAGCCUCAUAAACAUGUAUUCUAAGUGUGAUCACAUGUCCUAUGCAUUGUCUGUGUUUUUGACAUCCAAAGAUAUUCAUAAUGUUUUUACAUACAAUGCAAUCAUUGCGGGGUUUGUUGGCAAUAAUUUAAAUGAUGAAGGUUUUGAGCUUUAUGUGGAUAUGAGGCAUCAAGGUUUACAGCCAGAUAAGUUUACUUUUCCUUGUGCAAUUAAGGGCUGUUCAGAAGUUGUUGAAGUGAAAAAGAUUCAUGCUUUGUUGUUUAAGUUUGGGUUGGAAUCGGAUGUAUUUAUUGGCAGUGCUUUGGUCAAUUGCUAUUUGAAAUUCAGGGCUAUGAGUGAAUCUUAUAAUGUGUUUGGUGAGUUGCUUGUGAGGGAUGUUGUGCUUUGGAAUGCUAUGAUCAAUGGUUAUGUUCAUAUUGAGGAAUUUGAAAUGGCUUUGGAAGUAUUUAGGAGGAUGAAUGAAGAUGGUUCUAUGCCAAAUAACUUCACCGCUACAGGGGUUUUAUCAGCCUUGGCUAUGAGUGCGGACAUUAUUAACGGACGUUCAAUGCAUGGUUUUGUAAUAAAGAAGGGUUAUGAAUCGGUUGUUUCAGUUUCAAAUACAUUGAUUGAUAUGUAUGGGAAAUGCAAAUGUGUUGAUGAUGCCUCAAAGAUCUUUGAGUGUAUGGCAGAAAAGGACUUAUUCUCAUGGAAUACAAUUUUAAGUGUUCAUGAACAAUCUGGUGAUCAACAUGGAGCAAUGGAACUUUUCCACAGGAUGUUAGACGCUGGUGCUAGACCUGAUUUAGUCACUAUUACAACAGUACUUCCUGCUUGUUCUCACCUGGCUGCUCUGUUGCAUGCUAAGGAAAUCCAUAGGUACAUGAUUGCCAAUGGGCUUGGAAGUAGUAAAACUGUGAGUGAUUUUGACCACUUGCUGGUAAACAAUACUCUUAUGGAUGUGUAUGUAAAAUGUGGUAGUAUGAGGUAUGCAUACAUGGUUUUUGACAAGAUGAUUUACAGAGAUGUGGCAUCUUGGAAUAUCAUGAUCAUGGGAUUUGGCAUGCAUGGCCAAGGGAAUGAGGCAUUAUCUAUGUUUGACUUUAUGUGUGCUGAAAAAAUAGCACCAGAUGAGGUGACAUUCAUUGCUAUUCUGUCAGCUUGUAGUCAUGCAGGUCUUCUAAGGCAGGGCCGUGAAUACCUUUCACAAAUGGAGUCUGUAUAUGGUGUGGCUCCUACUAUUGAACAUUAUGCAUGUGUGGUUGAUAUGCUUGGUAGGGCAGGGCAGCUUGAUGAGGCUUAUGAAUUGUUAUUGACAAUGCCUAUUGAGAGUAAUGCUGUUGUAUGGAGGGCUUUUUUAGCAGCAUGUAGGCUCCAUGGAAAUUCUACUUUUGCUGAAGUUGCUGCCAAGCAUAUGUAUGAACUUGAUCCCGAACACUGUGGAAGUUAUGUAUUAAUGUCAAAUAUUUAUGGUGCUGCUGGUCAAUAUGAAGCAGUGUCAGAUUUAAGAUUGACUAUGAAGGGACAAAACAUAAACAAGAAUCCUGGUUAUAGCUGGAUUGAGGUCAAUAAUAGUGUCCAUAUCUUCGUUACUGGUGACCAGAACCAUCCUGAAGCAAACUCAAUCUAUGCCAGUCUAGACUCAUUGAUUGCUCCUCUUUGUGAGCAUGGAUAUGCUCUUUCUGCCCUAUAAACAAUAGUAACUUGUUUUUUCUCAGCGGUGAGGUACAAUUGAAAUUUUUCUUGAAUAUGCUGGUUAGAUGAAGGUGAGGUGGUAAGUCUGGUUCAUUGUUUAAAUUUAGACAACUGAUAAAGCCCUUUGUUAUGUCUUUGUUAAAUUUGACUUUGUUUGGGUUGCUAGGCUAGGGACUGCACUUAUGGAAUGGCUUUGAACUGACUUAGUGUAUAUCUGGCAGUGCCUAUUUUGCAGCAUAUUGGAAGAAUGAUCAAUGAUAUGAUUUGGUUGAUUCUUUUUCCCUACGGCUCUUGCAACGGCAUUGGAUAUCAAUCUGAGCAGUGUAUCACUUUUUUUCAUCUCUGUUACAUUUUCACUUUGGUAUGUCUCUUAUACUUGAAAUUUAUGUUUGUGCAAUAUGGUUUUAUCCCUCCAUUUUCUCACCCCAUCUUAAUACCCAAUGAGCUUAUCUACUUUGUAAAUGUUCAAAUUUGCCCUGUAGUUUGCAGUGUAAAUCCACCUCUCUGGUAUUUCUUCUUGUCUUUCCUUUAGAGUAAGCAUUAUUUUGUCACAUUACCUUCCCUCUCCCCUCCAUAUCAUCUUCUUUUCGGAUAAUGUUUUCGUAUAUUCCUAUGUUCUGUGCUGGAAAUAAUCUUUUUAAUAACUAUAAGAUGAUGCAUUAGAUAAGUUUGUCUUUUACUUUUGUCCUGGCUUAUAGCUGCAUUAUUCACAUAAGAUAAACUUUAGAUAACAUUAUAGCGGCUGAUAAACAAGAUUAAUUAUCAUCUCAUUGCCUUACCCUUUUCUCAGGUCUUCAAAUUUCAAUUUAGAAAUUAAGAAAUUUUGUCAAAAAAAAAAAAAAAAAACAAAAACAUAAUUUUAGUAGAUCUUCGAAGCUCCUAUGAUGUUCGUAAUUAGUUAAACAACUUAGUAAAAAUCAGUAAGUUCCUGUCGAUUUGGCUUGGCUGUCGAUGUUUUGUUAUUGUAAGAAGUAGCAUGCAGUGAAUAUCUUAGAGUGUGAUUUUGUGUCCAGGAAGAAAAGAAGAGUGAGCUGUGGAUACACAAUCCAGGUUCAGUAAUCAAAUAAAGCAUUCUUGCCCAACCUGACAGUCCAUUCCACAAUUACCAUGCAAGGGCACUUUCAUUAUGAUUACAGACGGUAGUAGCAUAAAGCAUCCUAGUAACAAAUUGCAAGUGUUUUAAUGUCAAUGUUCUCUUCAUAAUCCAUAGGGUCCAGAACUCAAAUGUCCAGAUGACAUGGUUAUUCCUGGAGUCUUAGGACAAGGGAUUACCCCCAACUGUAUCAUACCUUUCUUAUACAUGUUCAUUGAUCGAGCCAAUGUCUAUUUUGUUCUCAAGAACUUUAGAAUAGAUAUUGAAGAUUUGAUAUAGAAUCAUAGAAAGUGCUCCACUUUAAUUUGUAAAUUUGAAUUACUUCAACUGUGAUUUUGCAAUUCAUAUUGCUGGCUGUAAUUGCUUGUUAAAGAUUCGAAAAUGUCAGAUGACAGCCGGGCUGGCUUUCAGCUUACUACGGUCAAUAAGUCUGAGGUUGGAGUAGCAAGUUACGAUAACGAAGAAUCGGCUGUUAUAGCUAGCAAACUUGAUGUAUGAACAACUUUACAGGAAGUUUAUGGAUUUCAAUGUAAUCAACAGGAACAACUUUGUUUUUUUUUUUUAUUUUUUUUAUUACUUUGUAAUAUGUAAAAAAUAUAUUCAGAGCUGGGAGAAAUUUUUCAUAGAUGCUUCUCUUGCUUAGAAAACAGGGUAGCAUGCAACCAUUUGAUUGGAAGCUAUUGACAAUUAAGGCAGCAACAGACCAACAGUUAGUGUCUGAGAUGCAUUUGGGUAAUGAGAUACAUUUGAGUGAUCGGGCUACUGCAUAUUCUCUCGCAGGCUUCCAUUGUGCAUGUGCAUGUGCAUAUGCCUAUGUAUCCACAAAUCCACAUGGUAUACUGUGGCUCUUGCUACCUCUGGUGUGAAUAUAAAGUACGUAUUUUCAUGAUUGAUCGAGAUCCAAGAAGAUGUGUCUGUUUAGAUCAAACGGCUAUAGUUUUCCGAUGUAACCCACUCUUGUUUAGAAGUGUUAUUAGGCUUGAUGGGUUAUUAUGGAAUGUGCAACAUGUCUAUUGUAACUCCGGAUGUUUGUAUUCCCAAAUUAAAUCCUAGUAGGUGGUGGCUUCCAAGCA